UUUUAAAUCAAUUUUUUAUACAUUUGUGAUAUUAAUUUUAUAAUAACAAGAUGACUAUCUCAUAUACUGGUGAAGUGCCAAAUGGAAGUAGUUUUGGAUGUUUUUGGAAAAUUUUAUGGAAAUGGCGAGGAAGUGUUUAUAAAUUAGUAUGGCGAGAAUUAUUAGCUUACUUAUUCCUAUAUUAUUCAAUAAAUUUAAUUUAUAGACAUGCACUUAAUUCACAUCAACAAAGGGUAUUUGAAAAAAUUCGACAGUAUUUUGGAUCAUCAACAGAAACAAUACCAAUGUCAUUUGUGCUGGGAUUUUAUGUUAGUUUGGUAGUUAAACGAUGGUGGGAACAGUAUAGACUACUUCCGUGGCCUGAUACCUUAGCUUUAUACAUUAGUGCUGGAAUUCCAGGAGAUGAUGAACGAGGUCGUCUUAUGCGACGUAAUAUUGUAAGGUAUGCAGUUCUUGCCUAUGUGAUAACUUUACAAAGAGUGUCGUUACGUGUCAAACGACGUUUUCCUACAUGGCAACAUGUUGUUGAUUGUGGUUUAAUGUUAGAAAGUGAGAAGAAAAUCAUUGAACGUAUGGAUGGUAAAAGUCCAAUGUCCAAAUAUUGGAUGCCACUUGUAUGGGCAACUAAUAUUAUAAAUCGAGCUCGUAAAGAAUCGUUAAUUACCAGUGAUCAUAUUGUACAAACAUUAUUAAUGGAAUUAUCUGAUAUAAGACGAAGAUUAGGAGGAAUUAUUGGUUAUGAUACUGUUUGUGUGCCAUUAGUAUAUACACAAGUUGUAACAUUAGCAUUAUAUACAUAUUUUAUCGCAUCAUUAAUGGGACGACAAUUUGUACUACAUCAAGAUGAAAAUGGUAAAUUAAUUGAACCAGACAUGUAUUUUCCAUUUUUCACAGCGUUGCAAUUUUGCUUUUACGUGGGGUGGUUAAAAGUUGCUGAGGUUCUAAUUAAUCCAUUUGGUGAAGACGAUGACGACAUUGAGCUUAACUGGCUCAUUGACAGACAUAUCAAGGCAGCUUACAUGAUAGUCGAUGAAAUGCACGAAGAACAUCCUGAAUUACUCAAAGAUCAAUAUUGGGAUGAAGUUGUACCAAAAGAUUUACCAUAUACUGUUGCAUCUGAACAUUACCGCCGUGAAGAGCCAAAAGGAUCCGCAGAAAAAUAUAAGGUGAAAGAAGCCGAUGCAGUAUAUGCCAAUUUAAUACCUUCCCGGAAAGUUAUGCACGACGACAUGUACGCUGAUUAUGAAAGUGUCGAUACACCAUUAGUUGAACGUCGUAAAAAUUGGUUUGCACGACAAAUAACAAGAAUGGGUUCCGUACGUUCUGCAUCCACAGCAUAUUCUUCUGGAGGCUUGUUUGGACGAAAUCGACAUAAUUCAGUAUAUUCGAGUCCUGAUGCUGGAAUACCACCAGGUGGUUUACCUGGACCAGGUCAAGUUUUACCACAUAAAAUGACACUGUAUGAUCGUAUUGUAGGACGCAAAUCUGGUAGAGGUCAAUUUAGACAACCUCGUACAAGUACAGUGAAAAUCAAUGGAUCUGCUGUGCCGGUAACAUUGAAGAAUAGACCAAGAAUUCCAACACCAGAUGUUACAAAAGAAGUUGUAGAUCGGGAGAAUCGUUUAGCUGCAGCCGCUAAUAGCUUACAGAAUCAGAAUGCUAUAAGCCAAGGUGUAGCUUUAAUGGCUCAACAAUUAUCACAAGGCCAUGCCGCGGCUUAUCCAAAUUAUCCUGGCACAGACCUUCCAGUCGUUCAAGUUGUUCUCUCACCCAUACAAGAACUCGAUGGUGGCUCACAUAAUAAUACAUUACACGCAAGUUCACCAGGAACUGCAGCUUUAGCUCAAACUGUAUUAUCACCAACAUUAGGAGCAGCUGGAAUUCCAUCAGUUAUAACACCAGUAACAGUGGCAACAAUGCCAUCUGUUACUUUAACACCAGUAACAAUGUCUCAAUUAGGAUUACAUACAAGUUCAAGUUCACCACAAAUAACAAAUGUAACAUUUGUAGCUCCGUCGCCAGCUUUAUCUGAUAGAAAUGAACAUGGAACAUUCGAAUUAGCAACUGGACAAGUAACUCUCACAGAAGUUCCAUCUGGAUCCGAAGAAGAGGCUACGAGUGCUACAAGUGAGAGUAGUCAAGGCAGUACUUUAGAAGAUAAAUCUGAUCGUAGUCGCAAAACUAGUACAGCAUCACAAAAUACAAUUCCAGCGACGAAUAAUAAUAGCAAUAAUAAUAACAACAAUAAUAGCUCUAGUGGGAAAAAACGUGAAGUUUAUGUCUGAAAUAAAUGAACAUAUUGGUUAAUAGAUUUUAAUUUCAGAAAAAUGUUAAGGAAACUUUGACAUAUGUUGAUUAAGUAGAUAUUUUUUUCCUUAUAUAAAAAAAAUAAUAAUAAAACAGAACAAUCUAAAAUCUAUGUAAUAUAAUUAUAAACUUGUAAUAUUUGCCAAAGAUGUCGCAAGGCGUUACUUAAAUAAAUUUGAAAAGAAAUACUGGUAAUACAGUUAAAUCUUAAUAAUUCUGAGAUUUAUAAUAAAUGUUACAAAAUGAAUUUUUAUAAGCCAUAUUGUUUAUAUUUAAUUAAUAAGCUAUGAAAGCUAAAAAGAUUUUAAGUGCCUUAAAACGUGUGGUGUGGCAUCUAUUUGAAUAUGUAACAAUAAUUUCUACAAAAAAAUGUGAACUAUCGACUUUUGAAAAGUGUUACACAUGAAUUUUGGCAAAUUUGUGUAAUUGAAACAUUCCUAUUUAUUAUUUCUUUUAAAUCAUCGAAGUAGUUUUUAUGUUUGCAUAUAAAAUUAAAGCCUAGUCUACACCAAUAUCAUAUGUGAUCGACAAUAUUUUUGAUUAUAAAUAACUUCUUAUGUGAAAAGACGAUUAGAAUAUAUUAUACAAAAACAAUUAUGAGAGACCUUUGGUCUGAAGUCAUACUAGUAUUCUAAAUGAAACAAUGAAAUAAUUGUUGCGUUCUUUACUUGCCUUUAACUUUAUCGUUAAAAAGGUAGAUCUACUGUAUUUUGAUCAUCAUACCGUUUUUUUUUCAUAAUCUACCGUUUUUUUAUUAUUUAGGUAGUACAUUUAUUGGAUUUUAAUGCUAAGAAAGACUCUAUCUAUUGAUAGAAAAAAGAACUAUUGUCAGAACGUCAAAUAAAGGACAGCACAUUAAAAUGUAUAAUAAAGCAUAUAUCUUCUGUCUCUUUCAUCAUUAAAAUAAUCAGCUUUUACUGAAUAUACCGUUUUUUAAAGGUACCAUUUACCGGUUUUUUUGUUCGAAAUGCUCUGGCAACACAUUACAACGAUGAACUUAUUUAUUUUUGAUAUGAGUAAAGAACGCAACUGCAAAGUUGAAGUUCAAUGUACGACUUAGGUACAUAUUACUUUUGAAUAAUAAUAAGUUGUUAUAAUUAAUAAAAAAUAUUC